GGACGCAUAGCUCACAUCCGGGGUUGGUUUAUUCUAAUAACGAAACGUCCAACCCGGAAAAAAAAGACAAGUCUUCUGUAAUCCGAUCACACAAACAAACAGGCGAGAGUGUGGCAGUGCGGUGCACGCCGGCUUUGUUAAUGUACGCUGAUUGUAAAAGUUCUUCAAACUUUAUUUACCAUGCGUAAAAACAUUUGCCAAACUCGCUUCUCUCCUGUCUGCUUCGGAGCCGUGCGGGGCGCUGGCUGUGGCGCACACUGACUCUCCACAGCGGUGAUAUGUGAUAGCAGCAGCAUGCCGUACGUGGACCGACUGCACCGUGUAUGCGGCUUCCUGGACAUCGAGGAGAAGGAGAACAGCUGCCGCUUCCAGAGGCGAUACUUCAUCCUCGACACGCAGGGAAAUGCUCUGCUGUGGUACAUGGACAACCCUCAGAAUCUUCCCAGUGGAGCGAGCUUUGUUGGCAGCCUGAAACUAACCUACAUCUCUAAGGUGAGUGAAGCGACAGCGAAGCAAAAACCCAAGACAGAGUACUGCUUUGUCAUUAAUGCAGUUUCCCGGCGGUACUACCUCCAAGCCAACGAUGUGACUGACAUGAGGGACUGGGUGGCUGCCCUCAACAAAGCCAGCAAGAUCACGGUUCCUAAGGCUGGCCCUGCACCUCCGAGGUCCGACGUUACCACAGUAAUCAGUGACACUCAGGGAGGAAAGAAACAGCAGGCCUACAAGACGGAGAUCAUUGGUGGUGUGGUGGUGCACACUCCCAUCCAGAAUGAGAGCGAGGAGACAGAAGGCAGGGAGAGGAAGGGCAACAGGCCAGGCGUGCUGAGGUGCGGUUACUGUGUCAAACAGGGAAAUGUGAGGAAGAGCUGGAAGAGGAGGUUUUUCACCCUGGAUGAUAAUGCGGUCAGUUACUACAAGUCCGAGAUGGAUAAGGAGCCUCUCCGAGCUAUUCCACUGAGGGACAUUCAGAAGGUCCAUGAAUGUCUCGUGAAGUCAGGGGAUCUCCUGCUGAGAGACAACCUGUUUGAGAUCAUCACCGGCUCCCGAACCUUCUACAUUCAGACAGACUCUCCAGAGGAGAUGCAUGGCUGGAUCAGGGACAUUGAGAUGAAGAUCCAGGACUUCAGAGGUCCCCCAAAGGGUUUUGGAUUUAAACGUGCGUCCUCUCUCUAUCGAAGUCACAAUGCCUCCUCAUCGUCUCGAGGUCAACAGAGCGAGGAGCGCAGACCUCCACUGGUCAAGUCCUGCUCUGUGGCCCCGGGCUGGCAGCCCUGGAUGCCCGUCCCACAGUGUGAGCCCUCCAUCCUGGAUGCAGAGGAUGAAGACAGUGCUUUCAGCUCUGUGCCCACCUUCCCCUCCCUCUCCUCUUCCUCCACUUCUUCCUCCACAUCAUCCUCUUCUAACUCCCUCUCCACCCCGACCCCUUGCCCAAACGUUCCUCCCACAGCUUCAGGCAGCGGAUUGGGGAUCCUCACAGCAUCAGGAGAUGUGGCUAGCGGGCGUCGGAGGCACCGCUCGCAGCCUCAGCCUCACAGCGGCUGCAGCUUCCCCUUCAGCCUGGAUGAUGACGGCAUCCGCACCACAGACGUCUAGUUCAAUGAAGUCUCUCCAGACUCCUGUGUGGACUUAAGUGUUGGUACCUGCUUUAAAAUGAAUGUGACUGGUAAUAAUAGUAUUCCUUGCUAAUGAAGUGACACUGUGACCAUCUGCCUCAAUGCCAUGAUGUGACAUUGGGGCUCCCUGCUGGUCUUGUAGCUCCACUGCAGACGAAGGAAGCAUCCAGCUGGAAGGGGGACCAAGGGGCCGCAGUGUUUGUUGUUGUUGACAGGACUGUGAAAGAGUAUGGUGGAGUGUUUUUAGUGCAACUUCCUCUGAAAACUUGAAUAAUCUUGUUAUUAAUUUUUGAAUUAUGGCACAUGCUUUCAAUCUGUUGCACUUGGCUCCUGUCAGAGAUGUAACUCUGUCAUCAAACACACGUUUUCACCUCUGCCGCUGCAAGUAUUCACGAAGAAGUGUUUAAAGGCAUUUUAACACAUUAUUAUCCAUAAUUUUAUAUAUUCAAGCUUAUGUCCACUAAUACUUUAAAAUAAUAAUUAUUUGUUUCUUUGAGCCCAGCAGUGUUUCUCCCCUCUUUUGUUUCCUGAGACGCAUUUAUUUCAUAAAAAAGCCUCACAUUAACUUACCGUCAUUAAUAAUUAACAAGCAUUUAUUACUAACAUCUAAUUAGGUGUCUGGGGGUGGGGGGGAAGUAUCCUGUAGGUCUCUUUAAAAGAAAGAAAAGAAGGUACAUGCACUUACAUGCCAGCUGACCGAGGACUUCUCUGUCGCUGUAGCCGGUGCAGACAGAGAAGAUGGAGUCAGCAGCAGCUUGUAUGUUUUAAACAGGAGCUUUUUAAUACUUGGCUUAAAGAUCAAUUGUCAGUAAACUGUGACUCCUUUUUAACAGGGUACCAUGAUGAUACAGCAGUGUUUAGAUGGUACUUGUUAGCAGAAUGUACUGCCAGCUUUGUAAAUGUGAUUUUUCUCGUUGCAGCAUUUUGUGAGGAAGAUGUGCCACUACUUCUGGUAAUUUAAUUUGUAAUUCCGCACUUUGCUUUUCUUAUUUUUACUUGAGUGUUUUUGUUUUUUUUUUGUCACAUUGCUCACAGCAGAUAUUACAGCUUCCUCUGAGACGAGGCCUCAGUUACUUUGUGUCGUUACACCGACAGUCUUCUCAAGUUCACCUCAAGACUUCUGUGAUGUGGUACCAUGUUCACGUCUACUUCCGUUUUCUGAAGCUGUGUGCACUCGUCUGCCUGCAUAUGAAGAUAAUUUUCUUUCUUGUACAUUAAAUGAUGCUUUUUAUUUG